UCUGCUCUCCCUCUGUCUGCUCUCUCUCGCUCUCUGCUCUCUCGCUCUCUGAGUCCAUUCUGCUAUCAGGUGUGUGUGAUUAAACUUUCUCUCCCUCUCUCAGACCCUUUCCCUCUCUCUUUCUGUUCCCUCUCUCUCUCUGUUCCCUCCCCUCUCAGAUUGCUCUGUUUACUCAGAGCGGCUGUCGUCGAGUGUGUGUCAACCAUGUCGUCUCUGGGUGCCUCGUUUGUCCAGAUUAAACAUGAGGACCUGCGGUUCUAUGAGAACUGUGGAGGAGGCAGCUUUGGGACUGUGUACCGAGCACACUGGAUAUCUCAGGAUAAAGAAGUCGCUGUGAAGAAACUACUCAAGAUUGAGACUGAGGCUGAGAUUCUGAGUAUUCUCAGUCAUAAGAACAUCAUUCAGUUCUAUGGAGCCGUACUGGAGUCCCCCAACUAUGGAAUCGUCACAGAGUAUGCAGGCGGAGGUUCUCUGUAUGAGUACCUGUCCAGUGAGCAGAGUAAGGAGAUGGACAUGGAACAGAUCAUGACCUGGGCCAUGGAGAUAGCCAAAGGAAUGCACUAUCUUCAUUCAGAAGCCCCAGUCAAAGUCAUUCACAGAGACCUCAAGUCACGAAACGUGGUACUGACAGCAGACAAAGUGCUCAAGAUCUGUGAUUUUGGAGCGUCUAAGUUCCAGUCCCACACCACCCACAUGACAGUGGUGGGCACCUUCCCCUGGAUGGCCCCAGAAGUCAUACAGAGCCUACCUGUAUCAGAGACCUGUGAUACAUACUCCUACGGAGUGGUGCUAUGGGAAAUGCUGACACGAGAGGUUCCCUUUAAAGGCUUCGAGGGGCUGCAGGUGGCUUGGCUGGUGGUGGAGAAACAAGAGAGGCUGACCAUCCCCACCAGUUGUCCGCCUAGCUUCGCUGACCUGAUGAAGAGAUGCUGGCAGGCUGAACCAAAGGAGCGUCCGGUGUUUAAGCAGGUGUUGGGGACUCUGGAGACCAUGUCUAAUGACAGCAGACUACCAGACCAGUGUAACUCAUUCCUACACAACAAGGACCAGUGGAGGUGUGAGAUAGAUGCCACGUUGGAGAGGUUGCGGAGGCUGGAGAGAGACCUGGGCACUAAAGAGAAGGAGCUGGAGGAGAGAGAGCAAAGACUGAAACUGUGGGAGGAGAGACUGAGGGAGAGGUCCAAUGUGACACCUGUGAGUAGCCUACAUGUUUGGCCGGGUUUCAAAGACCACACUGCUUCAUUCAUUUCUUCUCCCCUAUAGCAUCAGGCAUCAGUUCGGAGUCAUUCUUCCACUCUCAGUCUCAGGAGUCCAACAGCGCCAAGAUAUCCUGCCUCAUCCGAACCCUCAGCAAUGGAGAGAAGGACAGGGGAAUGGA